AUGCAGAAGUCUUCCUGGGAUACACCAUCCCCAAAUAAGUCUACUUCACGUCGUGGGGACUCUGAAAGAAGUGUCUCGAGCAUUUGGCAAAGUGAAUGGCGUCAUCAAUACGAAGAUCGGCGCAAAGUUGCUCGAGUAGACGAUACCGUUCGAUCUGUGAAGGAAAUUAAACGCUUUGAAAAUUUCGAGACUUUCCGUGAGCAGUGGGAGGCUGAGCAGAGAAUCAUUGACAGAGAGUGGUAUGACAAUGACGGUGUAUAUGACGAAGAGUAUAACUCAUUUGCAAAGAUUAGCGAGGAGUUCGUACAGAAGCGAGAAAAACAGUGGCAGGAGAAAACAUCACGACCUCGACUUACUCUCAAGCAGCAGUCCAUAAAGAGAGAAAAUGAAUUGUGGGAAAAUAAUCGGCUUCAUAGAUCAGGAGUUGUGGCUCUAGCAGAUGAACUGUCCAAUGUCUUCGAGGAUGAAACAGAUGAAAAUCGUGUGCAUCUACUUGUUCACAAUAUAGUACCACCAUUUCUUGAUGGUCGUAUUGUAUUUACAAAGCAGUCUAAACCGGUAAUUCCUGUGGUGGAUAUAACAUGUGACAUGGCAGUUGCGGCAGCUCGCGGUAGUAAAGUUGUUCGGCAGUUUCGUGAUUCAGAAGAGAGGAAGAAAGCGCAAGAGAAGCAUUGGGAACUGGCGGGUAGUAAUCUUGGAAAUCUGAUGGGUGUCAAACAGAAAUCGGAUGAAAUAGCUCAUUCAGAAGAUGAUGAUGUUAAGGAUUUCAAAGAGUCGCAUAAGUUUGCCUCUCAUAUGAGCGAGAAGUCGCAGGCUGUUUCUGAUUUUGCGCUUGAAAAAUCAAUCAAGCAACAAAGAGAGUAUUUGCCAGUAUUCGCUUGUCGACAGAAGAUGAUGAAUGUGAUCAGAGAGAACAACGUUGUUAUCAUUGUGGGUGAAACCGGUUCAGGCAAAACCACUCAGCUCUCUCAGUACUUGCUUGAGGAUGGUUUCGGAAGUACAGGCAUUAUUGGUUGCACGCAGCCUCGAAGAGUUGCUGCAAUGAGUGUGGCGAAGCGUGUUGCUGAUGAAAUGGGUGUACAGCUUGGUCAAGAAGUUGGAUAUGCUAUUCGAUUUGAAGACUGUACUUCUGAGAAGACUGUUAUAAAAUAUAUGACCGACGGUAUUCUGCUAAGGGAAUGUCUAGGCGAUGGUGAUCUUGAUCAGUACAGUGCGAUCAUCAUGGACGAAGCGCACGAACGUUCACUCAAUACUGAUGUUUUAUUCGGGCUUCUCAGAGAUGUAGUGGCUCGGAGGUUUGAUUUACGUUUAAUAGUCACAUCCGCAACUAUGGAGGCUGAGAAAUUCGCCAAUUUUUUCGGAGGUAGUUGCCCGACGUUCACAAUCCCUGGUCGCACAUUCCCUGUUGAGGUUUUUCAUGCAAGAGUUCCGGUUGAAGAUUAUGUGGACGCAGCUGUAAAACAGGCGAUCACUGUUCAUCUUGGUGGAAUGGAAGGCGAUAUUUUGAUCUUCAUGCCAGGUCAAGAAGAUAUUGAGGUAACCUGUGCAUUGAUGAAGUCACGCCUUCAAGAACUGGACGAAGCACCGCCCCUUGCAGUUCUUCCCAUAUAUUCGCAGUUGCCUAGUGAUUUACAGGCAAAAAUUUUCCAUCGUGCUCCUGGUGGAAUGCGGAAGUGUAUUGUGGCUACGAAUAUCGCAGAAACUUCUUUAACAGUAGAUGGCAUUCUUUUUGUUAUUGAUCCAGGUUUUUGUAAAAUGAAGGUCUACAACCCACGUAUUGGAAUGGACGCACUCCAGGUUUCAUCGGCUAACCAAAGGUCGGGUCGUGCUGGUAGAACAGGACCAGGACAGUGCUUUCGUUUGUAUACAGAGCGUCAGUUCAAGGAAGAGAUGCUUGUUUCAACUGUUCCUGAAAUACAACGUACCAAUUUAUCGAAUGUCGUGUUAUUAUUGAAGUCACUUGGUGUAGAUGAUCUCUUAAAAUUUCACUUCAUGGACGCUCCUCCACAAGAUAACAUGCUCAACUCAAUGUAUCAACUGUGGACGUUAGGAGCACUUGAUAAUACGGGACGGUUAACUGAUCUCGGAAGGGUGAUGGUCGAAUUUCCGCUUGAUCCCACACUUUCAAAAAUGCUCAUAAUGUCGGAAGAUAUGGGCUGUAGUGAAGAAGUGCUUACAAUAGUAUCAAUGCUUUCUGUUCCUGCUAUAUUUUUCCGACCUAAGGGUAGAGAAGAUGAAGCUGAUUCGAAAAAGGAGAAAUUUCAAGUUCCCGAGUCUGACCAUCUAACGUUUCUUAAUGUUUAUUUGCAAUGGCGACAACACAAAUAUUCUGCUAAAUGGUGUGCGGACAAUUAUAUUCAUGCCAAAGCUAUAAGAAAGGUUCGCGAAGUACGAGCUCAGUUGAAAGAGAUCAUGCAGGAGCAGAAGAUUAGGGUUGUGUCUACUGGAAGCGACUGGGAUAUCAUACGGAAGUGUAUAUGUUCAGCAUACUUCCACAAUGCUGGGAGGCUAAAAGGAAUUGGAGAGUACGUUAACGUGCGUACAGGAAUUCCAUGUUUUUUACAUCCAACUUCCGCGCUCUUUGGAAUGGGUUUCAUGCCUGAUUACGUAGUUUACCACGAAUUGGUAAUGACAACGAAGGAAUACAUGCAAUGUGUCACAGCUGUUGAUGCGGUUUGGCUGGCUGAAUUGGGACCUAUGUUUUAUUCAGUUAAGGAGUCGAGGAUGUCUCGAUCGGAAAAACGUAUGGAAAGCGUGAGAACGUCGGAAACUAUGGAGGAAGAGAUGCGUGAAGCGCAAAAGGAAAUGCAGCGACGAAAGGAGGAGUCAGAACGCGCGUUGAAACGCCCGGAGAGCACUCGUAUUGCUGACGUUGGUCGGUCCGUUCGGAGUAAACGAUGGGGAAUGUAG